AAGGUAAAAUUCAUCACAGAUAAUAAAAUGAAUGAAUAAGCAUUGUCACUAUUAAAAAGAGCUAUUUUUCAUCAUUUACGUGCACCCCCACAGACGAUCUAUCCUUCAUCGCGAAGUGUAUUUUUUUCUAGGACCCAAAUAGCGCCCCCUUGUGGAUCUUUCUUCCGUCGUCGUGACAGGCACUCAGCUGUGGAUGGAGACACGAACACACGCACACACACGAACACACGCACACACAACUCUCUCUCCGCUCUCUCCCCGCACACGUCCGUCCACUGGAGCCCAUCCAGCCUCCUUUACUCGACUGACGACGGCCGCCGGAGCAUGCAGUCCUCCUCCGCGGCUCUUUGACCACCUGACCACUGUCGCCCGGCGAAAGUGACAUCCAACGGGGGAGGAGGAGGAGGAGGAGGAGGAGGCUUGGAUGGAAGACUGCUAGAGCGAGGUAUCCCCACCGUGGAGCCAUUUAUUCAUUUUUAUUAAUGAAUUAAACAGUUUUCUUGUUGGAAGGUUGUUCCCCACUUGGACUAAAGCUGCCACCGGCGGCUCCAUUCCGCCGUCGUCGUCGUCGUCGUCCACCAUGGCGAGCGAGCGGUGACUCGCAUUUGUCUCUUUAGAGUCAAAAGUCUCAAUCCGGAUUUUAAAUGGCUCAGUCGAGCUGCGAUUCCGGGCUGGUGUUUGUUUUGGCGUCACGAUAAACAACCGCGGGAGCUCCAGAAAGAGACUAUAAAACAAGGGAGGAUUUUCUCGGUUGUUUCUUCUUGUGGUUCCCCGGGCAUUAUGGCCGGUGAGUGGGGCUGGGGACGCCGGCCCGGGCUCCCCAAGGCUCCCCCAUGCUAGCCGAGGCGGAUGGCCCGGUCCCCCAUGGCAGCGACAGCUCUAUGAGGACAAGCGAUAGCGACCCUCCUUCGCCCAAAGCCGCCGCCGCCGCCGGCUCCUCGAUCCUCAUCUCCAAGAUGCAAGACGUCGUCAUUCCCUUCUCGUCCGAGGUGCCCUGUGACAAUAAUGGGCAGCGCAUGUGGUGGGCGUUCCUCGCCUCCUCCAUGGUGACCUUCUUCGGGGGGCUCUUCAUCAUCCUGCUGUGGAGGACCCUCAAGUACCUGUGGACCGUGUGCUGCCACUGCAACGUUAAAAGCAAGGAGGCUCAGAAAGUGAACAACCCCGCCAACAAUCAGUUACUAAAGGGUCCUGAUGAGAAGACUGAGGAGGUUCCGGCCAGUGAGGUGGGAUGGAUGACUUCGGUCAAAGACUGGGCCGGUGUCAUGAUCUCUGCGCAGACCCUCACUGGCAGAGUUCUGGUGGUGUUAGUAUUUGCACUCAGCAUCGGGGCCCUUGGAAUAUACUUUAUAGACUCCUCAGACCCUAUAGAAUCCUGCCAGAAUUUCUACCAAGACUUCACGUUACAGAUCGACAUGGCCUUCAAUGUCUUCUUCCUCCUUUAUUUCGGUCUCCGGUUUAUAGCAGCCAAUGACAAGCUGUGGUUCUGGCUAGAGGUCAACUCGGUGGUCGACUUCUUCACUGUCCCUCCUGUCUUCGUCUCCGUCUACCUGAACAGAAGCUGGCUCGGUUUAAGAUUCCUGAGAGCGCUAAGAUUGAUACAGUUCUCGGAAAUCUUACAGUUUCUGAAUAUCUUGAAAACAAGCAAUUCCAUCAAGCUGGUGAACCUGUGUUCCAUCUUCAUAAGCACAUGGCUCACCGCUGCAGGAUUCAUACAUUUGGUGGAAAACUCAGGGGAUCCUUGGGAAAACUUCCAAAACUCCCAGUCGCUCUCCUAUUGGGAAUGUGUCUACUUACUGAUGGUGACCAUGUCCACAGUGGGCUACGGGGAUGUCUAUGCAAAAACCACCUUGGGGCGCCUGUUCAUGGUCUUCUUCAUCCUCGGUGGUUUGGCCAUGUUUGCCAGCUACGUCCCUGAAAUCAUAGAGUUAAUAGGAAACCGCAAGAAAUAUGGUGGUUCCUAUAGUGCAGUUAAUGGGAGAAAGCAUAUUGUGGUCUGUGGUCAUAUUACCCUCGAAAGUGUCUCCAACUUCCUCAAAGACUUCCUACACAAGGACAGGGAUGAUGUCAAUGUAGAAAUUGUUUUUCUCCAUAAUAUUUCCCCUAAUCUUGAGCUGGAAGCCUUGUUCAAACGUCAUUUUACACAAGUAGAGUUCUACCAGGGAUCUGUGCUCAACCCUCACGACCUGGCUCGAGUCAAGAUCGAGUCAGCAGAUGCCUGUCUCAUCCUGGCCAAUAAAUACUGCGCAGAUCCUGAUGCUGAAGAUGCCUCCAACAUCAUGAGGGUUAUCUCAAUCAAGAACUACCAUCCCAAGAUCAGAAUAAUAACACAGAUGCUUCAAUAUCACAAUAAGGCCCAUCUGCUGAACAUUCCGAGCUGGAACUGGAAGGAGGGCGACGAUGCCAUCUGCCUGGCCGAGCUGAAGGCGGGCUUCAUCGCCCAGAGCUGCCUGGCCCAGGGCCUGUCCACCAUGCUGGCCAACCUCUUCUCCAUGAGGUCCUUCAUUGAGAUCGAUGAGGACACCUGGCAGAAAUAUUAUCUUGAGGGCGUGGCUAAUGAGAUGUACACAGAGUAUUUGUCCAGUGCUUUUGUGGGCCUCUCCUUCCCUGCUGUGUGCGAGCUGUGUUACGUGAAGCUGAAGCUGUUGCUCAUUGCCAUCGAGUACAAGUCCGAGCAGAGAGAGAGCAGCAUCCUAAUCAAUCCGGGCAACCAUGUCAGGAUGCAGGAAGGCACGCUGGGGUUUUUUAUCGCCAGCGACGCAAAGGAAGUAAAGAGAGCUUUUUUCUACUGUAAAGCUUGUCACGAUGACAUCAGCGACCCUAAGCGGAUCAAGAAGUGCGGCUGCAAACGACCCAAGAUGUCCGUCUACAAGCGAAUGAAACUGGCAUGUUGUUUUGAUUGCGGCCGUUCAGAGCGAGACUGCUCUUGCAUGUCAGGCAGUGUACAUAGUAACAUGGACACCCUUCAGAGGGCCUACCCACUUUCCUCUGUCUCUGUUCAUGAUUGCGCAACCACGUUACGUGCCUCCAAAUAUAAGUAUAAUGGAUAUGUCAGAUCACCAGCAGAUGGCGCUACAACACCAGGGAACAGUGGAAGCCAAAAAGAGACUGGUGUUCGAUUCAAAGCUGAUUGCAAUUUAGUAAUGGAUGACGUUAGACCGUCUUUUCAAAACCGAUCCGUUAAAACCAGCGGCUGCCCUCCCACUGCCAUCACCUCAAACGCUUUCUCGCACAACGCCCUGCAAAGCAACCAGGACGCCUUGGUUAAGCCAGGCGCCAUCAACAUCCCCCUUGUUAAUAACCGUAAAGGAAGCCUGCUUCCCACGGGGCCGGCGCCUGCGGCUCGCCAUUCCAAACUGCGCCUCAGUAUAUCGGUGCCAGAAGACGCCAGAUCCUUGGCGGAGAGUCGGCUGAACCGGGCCCGCAGUCUGCCGGUGAAAUACCGCUACCACCCCAGUAAUGCCAUGCUGCACAGUCACAGUAGCCACUUCGAAGACGAGCAUCCGUCAGCGCUCUCACCGAAAAAAAAGCAGCGCAACGGAGGGAUGCGGAACUCGCCCAACUGCUCUCCCAAAAUGAUGAGUAGACACGACCCUCUUCUAAUACCUGGUAAUGAACAAAUCGAAAACAUGGACAUGAAUGUGAAGAGGUAUGACUCCACCGGAAUGUUUCACUGGUGCCCGUCAAAAGACAUCGAAAAAGUCAUCCUGACCCGGAGUGAAGCCUCCAUGACGGUGCUGAGCGGCCAUGUGGUGGUCUGUAUAUUUGGGGAUGUCACGUCCGCUUUAGUGGGGCUGCGAAACCUGGUGAUGCCUUUAAGAGCCAGCAACUUCCAUUAUCAUGAACUCAAGCCCAUUGUUUUUGUGGGCUCGCUGGACUAUCUGCGGCGAGAGUGGGAGACGCUACACAACUUCCCCAAGGUCUCCAUCUUACCUGGGACGCCAUUAAGUCGGGCAGAUUUAAGGGCUGUCAACAUCAACCUCUGCGACAUGUGCGUAAUACUGUCAGCCAAUCAGAACAAUAUCGAAGAUGCUUCGCUGCAGGAUAAAGAAUGCAUUUUGGCAUCGCUCAACAUCAAGUCUAUGCAGUUUGAUGACAGCAUUGGGGUCUUGCAGGCUAAUUCCCAAGGUUUCACGCCUCCUGGAAUGGACAGGUCAUCUCCAGACAGCAGUCCAGUACAUGGCUUCGUGCGUCAGGCUUCCGUCACCACCGGAGCCAACAUCCCCAUCAUCACAGAAUUAGAUAAGCCAGGCAAACCGCUGCCAUCGCUUUCACUCAGUCAGGAAAAAAAAAGUGGGACCAACAUACAAAUGAUAACAGAGUUGGUGAACGACUCUAACGUUCAGUUCCUGGACCAAGAUGACGACGACGACCCCGACACGGAGCUGUACCUCACCCAGCCCUUCGCCUGUGGCACCGCCUUCGCCGUCAGCGUCCUCGACUCCCUGAUGAGCGCCACGUACUUCAAUGACAACAUCCUCACAUUGAUCAGGACGCUGGUCACCGGAGGAGCCACACCAGAGCUGGAGGGGCUGCUGGCCGAGGAGAACGCUCUGCGAGGCGGCUACAGCACGCCGCAGACGCUGGCGAAUAGAGACAGGUGUCGCGUCGCCCAGCUCGCCCUCUACGACGGGCCCUUCGCUGACUUGGGGGAUGGCGGCUGCUAUGGGGAUUUGUUCUGCAAAGCACUGAAGACGUACAACAUGCUGUGUUUUGGAAUCUACAGAUUGAGAGAUGCUCAUCUAAGUUCACCGAGCCAGUGUACAAAACGAUACGUGAUCACCAACCCACCGUACGAGUUCGAGCUGGUGCCCACAGACUUGAUCUUCUGCCUCAUGCAGUUCGACCACAACGCCGGUCAGUCUCGAACCAGCUUGUCCCACUCGUCCCACUCCUCUCAUUCCUCCAGCAAGAAGAGCUCGUCCAUCCACUCUGUCCCAGCCUCCAACCGGCAGAACCGCAGCAGUAAAACCCGGGAAGCCCGAGACAAACAGAAUGCAACAAGGAUGAAUAGAAUGGGCCCAGAAAAGAAAUGGUUUACAGAUGAACCGGACAACGCCUACCCACGGAACAUUCAGAUCAAGCCCAUGAGCACUCACAUGGCCAAUCAAGUCAACCAGUACAAAUCCACAAGUAGUCUGAUUCCACCCAUACGAGAAGUCGAAGACGAAUGCUGAACCGCUUUUAACGUUUUAGCUCGCUCACUCAGCAGACAUCUUGGAGAAGUCACGAUGAUGGCGACGAUAGGACAUGCGUCAGUCUUCUAAUACAAGAACUGGACAGGAAACCGAACUGGACCUGCUAUGUGUAUACCUUUAAUGUUACUUCCAUGCUCUUUGGACAUUGUUUUAUUUAUUGAUGUAUCCAUAGAGAUGUAAAUAAUGACAAUCAAAUAACGCAUUGUACAGCCCCCCUCCUUCCCCCUAGCACUUUUUGGGAAUUAUUAUUUGAAGAUUCAACGAGAGAGCAAGUGAGAGAGAAAGUACUUCCUGUAAUGCUUUGCAAUAUUUCAUUAAGGCUACACUAAGGGUAACUGCUUAUUGGAUGAUGAGGCUCGCAUCAUCACCCCAAAGAUCCUACCGGAUGCGACUCUUCCAAGCAGCUUGGCUCUCCAUCUUGUGUACUUCUGUUCUAUUUGCACUACAAAAAAAAACAAAAAACUAUAACAUAGUCAUGUUCACAAAGAACUGUGGUUUUGGAGAAGAGACUAUGUAUGAUCCCAUUAUGUAGAUCCAUUCAUCUGUAGUUUGAAUGAAGAAACAGCCAAGUAGCCUCAGAAGGUUAAUAAGAAAGAUGACCCAACCAUGUUUGAGCAAAGCAGCAGCAGCUUUUGGGAUCACAAAAAAAAAAAGAACCGCAGUUGAAAAAAGAAGUGCCACGUAUCGCGUAAAAGUGGGCGCCAACCGGGUCCUCCUCUGACCUCAAGAGACUGACUGCCUGGCAUGGGGUUGGCACGGAGGCUGUAAAAAAAGCACUUGGAUGUUCUCCGUCACCAAUCCCAGAUGUCAAUCGCCUCAAAUAAACCAAAAAAGACAAAAAAAAGAAAGAAACCCUCAGGAGUGAAGCUGCUCUGCUCUGUGCUGUGCUGCUCAAGGAAAGGAGGAAAAGCUCAAACGUGGUUGGGUGUAGAUGCGACGCUAAGGGUACAUACUUGCGCUUUUUGUUUAGUAAGGACUCCCAAAACAUUUGACUUUUAAAAGAAUAGAGGCAAAAUUACAAGACAAGUACAUAUCAUUUGCGUCAUGCCCCCCAGACAUCUAUGCUUUACCAAAAGAGUAUUUUUUUUAACUCGCUAACCACCAUCUUCAGCCUGGCAGCUCGCCUCUGCAAAAGUCACCUGAAACUCAAGCUUACUUGGACAAAUGAGCUAAAUGAAGCAUUCUUAGCUACGAGCACGCGGACUGAAAAAAAAAAAGGGUUUAAAAAGUUAUAUAUAUAUAUAUAUAUAUACAGAGAGAGAGAGUGCGAGAGAGAGAAAAAUAAAAAUCAAUAAUAAUAAUACAUGAGAGUCGCUUCCUCUGAGUGAGUGACCUUAUUAAAUGUUUGACCUAAAUUAGGUCCCAAGUGUGAAGAUGGAAGAGAGUGCACACAUUGCAAAGUGUGACCAUGUCGGUUGUUCUUAUGUGUGUGUUUUUUAUUUUGCAAAAUACGAUUUAAAACCAAGAGAGAACUUCUUGCCGCGUCUCUCGUCUAUAGGCUGUAAAAGAAGUCAUCCAUGGAAAAGAACAUAUAUUGUGCUGUCGGUGUUUGUGUAAGCUCAACCCCACUUACUUUUACGGUAUAGAAGCGCGUUUCUUUCAUCGGAGCUAAAAACCACAUCGGAAAAGCUUUAAUGUCCGUCUGUUGCGUGUGGUGCAACUAUAAUGAAGCCUCAUGCACAUUGUCCUGAAGUGAAUUUUGAACUGUGAUCAUAUCGUCGUCACACUUGUAGCAAAUAGAUUUCACUGAGAAAAAAAAAAAAAAGAAACAAGCAAAUGACAACCUGUACACGUAUUCAAAAUUGGAUUACUAUUUGACCAUAGCAGCGACAUAGAAUCAAGAUAAUGUUUCAAGCUAAAGAAAGGAAGGUAGCACCAAUGCGAUUUUACUGAGAGAACAUCCUUAAUUUUCCUGCGUUUUAUGGCUCUGUGUUCAUACAGCAUUGACAUUCCAUUUUUGGCGUCACUUUUGUUUACAGACUAUAUUUUUGAGGUCCUUAAACAUAAUCCCACAAUAACACGCUUCAUGCUGCAAAGUGGCUUUAACACAACUACACUGAUUCAUGUCUGAGUUGGGUUUUUUCCCCCCCCCCCCCUUUGGUAAGGCUUUUCUUUAUUUUUCUUUUGCGAUGUGUCUCCUUGUCAUUGUUCUCUUGUCUGUGUUUUGCAUUGUAUACCUCGAUGUGUUUUGUUUUUUGUUUGUUUUUGAAGUGCCACGAAGAGUUGUAGUUGAGCAUCCUUCAGUCAUUCAGGGACACAAGCUGGCUUUUUGAAACUAUUUUCCACUGUGACGUCAUUGUCUUGCGCCGACACGGAGAACAUCCAAGCCGUCAACGCCUCCGUGCCGGUGCAAUGCCAGGCAGUGCUAGAAGGUCAAGAGGAGGGCCCGCGUCAAGACCCGCUAUUCGCGACAAGUGGCAUUUUGUCAUAUUUCGUACGGAUGACUGAACGAUGCACACGUUGUACACUUAACCGUCAUAUGUGACUGUAUGCUGCACUUCAUGCGUUAAUCUAUUUUUGCUGUAAAGGAAUGGAUAGAAUAACUUAUUUGCUGGAGGUUGUACAAGAUAUUCUAAUAUAGAAGACAUACAGAGACUGGAGUUGGGUCCCAAGUCUUAAACAAUGCAUUCAAAAUUGCAUUUUUCUGUUGUUAUUUUCAUCAAUAAAAGAGGAAUUCAGGCAUCACGUCGUCAUCCACCGCAGCAAAUCGAGCGUUUGACAUAGCAGUCUUGUUUUGGAUGUGUUCUAGACAGGAUGGAUUAUUUGGAUGGUGCUGAGUUGAUCUACCUGACUCUGUCAAAUAUAGUCUGCUGAUAAAUAUACUGUCUUGUACAAAAUGUUUGUACAUAGAUUGUACAUGGUUUCUUUUUGUAUUUUCUCAAAUUAAAAUGGAUGUAUUUGUGUUCUAAACCUGAAAACCA